AUGGAACCGCCUCGGCGCGCGGGGAAGCCGCAAUGGAACGAUUCCGUCGAUGUCGACGCCACGCCGCGGAAAAAGACCGAUAAAGAGUACUUCGACGAGCUCCACAAGCUCGUCGAAGCGAAGGAGGCGGAGGAGGCGAAGGAACGUUUGAGGCAGUUGCAGAAGAAGCGACGGCGGCGGCGAGCGCGCGAGGCGGCGGCGGUGAAGAUUCGAUUUGAAAAAUCCACGAUCGAUUCGAAUCUGGACCCGCAGUCGACGAUAUCUUCGAAAUCGAUCACGGCGCGCGCGCCGCGAUCGAGCAUGGAUAGCACUUCGUCGUUUCAAUCCGCCAUUGAGGGCGCGUGCGCGGACGUUCGGGACUUGGCGCUCGACGCGUAG